AUACGGUCGCAGAAGGACUUUCAUUUUCUUCUUCUCGGAUCCCCUGAAAAGCCGCGCGCACCCGUCGGCCGUCGCCCAGGACCAAACCCUAGCCAAUCGAAUUCAUCCAAUCUAGCCAUGGCGGCGGCGACGCAGGAGCGGUGGACCAUACUCGCCGGAAUCCCUAAGGUGGUGAAGGACGAGGAGGCGAAGCGCAUCUUCCCGCCGGGCACCAGCAUCUCCGUCGCCUACAACGAGCUCCCGAGCGCCUCCGUCCUCACCGCCCCCUUCCGCAUCACCUCCCCGCCCUACCCGUACGGCAACUACCCCUACAUCGCCGCCGCCGACCCCUCCGGUCUGCUCCUCCUCAGCGCCAAGCAUCCUCUCGCCGAAUUCUCAGCCAUGAUCACCUACCACAUCUGCGACGCGCGCACCGGCGAGGUCAUCUCCCUCUGCAACCACCGGGGUCCCAUGGACUUACACGCCGACAAUGUCGGCCUCAUCAUGAGCGGGCAACGCUGUUUGGUUGCGGAGCUCCUGCCCAAAAGCGACGGCACCGGCCGUGCCACGCUUCUCUGCUACACGGUUGGGGAGUAUCAGUGGGUCGAGAUGGAGCUCGACUACUCGCCCCCGCUCCAGCAGGGGCGGUUCUGGUACGGCGAUGGCGUCAUCUCCCACGCCGGCUUGCUCUGGUGGGUUGACCUCUCCUACGGCCUCCUCGCCUGCGAUCCCUUUGCCGACGAGCCGGAGCUGAUCCACACCCCCUUCCCGAGAGUCCUCGACGAGCUGCCGGUUGAGCGGAUGAACCGCAGCGCCUACUGCUGCGUGAAAGUGAGCGGCGGAAGGCUGAGGUACGUGCAGAUCCACGGCAGCCCCGACGCGCCGGUUGUCAGCAUGUGGACGCUUGCCGACCCCCCGGCCUCAGCCGGGGAAUGGAUCCCUGAGUGCAGCGUGUGCUUGGCCGACAUCUGGGCCGACGAGAGCUACCUGGAAACAAUGCUGCCACGGAGCGUACCUGCCCUUGCACUCCUCCACCCGGCAGAUCCUUGCAAGGUUUACUUCUUCCUGGGCUCGUGCAUUUUCGCUGUCGACCUGCGGCGGAGGAUGAUUGUUGAAUUCAGUGAGUUUGAAAUGCCCAACCCGCCUGACCAGAUGAUGACCUCCUCCCUCUUCGUCCACGCAUGGCAGUAUGACCCUUCCCGAAGCCGGCCUUCUGAUUUUGUACCAACACAUUUAAGGAAAGUGAAGGAGAUUGCUGCUCAGAGGAGGUUGUUUGCUGGCAUGUACAACUCUUACUUGCGUCGACGUGGUACUGCUGCAAAGUUGAAUGGAUCCCGGAAAUCUGUAAGCAGACGGAUUCAGAAAGUUAUGAGGAUGAUAACACCUGAUCAUGUAUUUAAGAGGAGGGGAAUCUCCAAAGUAGAUUUGCAUCGGUUUGCGUCAUUAACUAUGGACGAAAUGGGUAGUUGAACAAAGUAGAUAGUUGAUGUUUCACUCUUGGAUAAGAAUUAUUGUGAAUUCUUGAUUGAGGAUGCCACCUCAAUCUAGUAUCCUGCCAGGCACUCUUCUUAAUUAUGUGGGAGUGGCAUAUAUGGAAUGGAUCAUAUAAUUUUUACAUGAGAUCUGAAUGCUUAAAUGAUCGUGGAA